AGCAUAUAUAAAGCCAGUUUACAAACAAGUUGAAGAACAGUUUAGGUUUCAGAACGUAAUGAAAAUGCAUUCUUCGGCAACAAAAAAUGUUUUUUGCUUGUUUCUCUUUUUCUUGGUUGUACUAACAGUAGACAGCUUAUUUGUUAGUGCAGGAAAUAUGGGACCAGGUAAAAAAAGUAUAUCUUCUGUAAAAAAAAGUCCUCCUUGGAACAAGUUUGGGGCCUUUGUUAAGUCAAAACUUGCGAAAUCUAAACGUGAAAUGUCGAACAGUGAUAGUUCGGAAUCUAAUGAAAGUGAAGAACUAACUGCACGUGAGCUAAAUAAACUCAUUUUAAACAUGGUAGAAGAAAGCGAUUUGUCAGAUUUACAAGAUCAGAAAAAAGAAGAAGAACUACCAAGAUUUGAUAAAAAAGAAUCAAGUGAAAUCAGCUUAAAUGAAGAUAAAAAAGACGAGUUGCCAAGAUUUGAUAAGAGAGAAUCAAAUGAAAUCAAAAAAGAGCUACCAAGAUUUGACAAAAGAGAAUCAGAUUCUAUUAAAUUAGAAGAAGUUAAAAAAGAAGCGAUUGAUAAGGAUGAAGAAAAAUCAUGGCGUGAACUUAUUGGUUGGCUAGUAAGUUCUGAAAAAAAUAAUGAGGUAACGCAAGAUGAAAAAAAAGAACUUCCAAUGAGUUUUAUCGGAAAAAGACGAUUGGACGACGCAAAGAAAAGUCUCGCGUAAAAUGCAUCACACCAAGUUGUUAGAUAAAUAAUUAUAAAAAUUUAAAUUAAAAAUGGUGAAAAAUUUAAUAAAAAUAAAGAAAAUUAUUAAUUUA